AUGGAAAAUAUGGCCCAAGAACAGCCCAAUAGAGAAUCAGGAAGCCCACAACAUCAAAAGCCCAUUAAGCAUGGUAAUGUGUUUAAUGUUUCGGGUCAAGUAGCAGAUAAACCCAUUUUAUCGGGCGAUCCGACAGUCAUAGAUUCUGCUGAGAAAAUGGUUACGGGUCAUAGCCCACUUAGUAGUCCAGCUUCCCUUGUUGACCCUAAAACCCACCGGACUACCGAAGGUAUUCGGGUCACUAAGUCUGAUGAUGGUGGUAAUCGGGUUGUUACUGAAUCCGGUGAUGAUGUCGUAGGGUAUCUUUCUCAUACUUGUUUUUUGGAUUAA